AAGUCCAGCCCGGUUCCGAGUCCGCUCCCUCUCCCGGGCUCACGGAGGUGUCACGUGUGCAGCGCUGAGAACUAGCGAAUGAGAAACGGAGAAAGAGAGAGAGCGAAUGUGCGAGGGAGGGAAAGAGAGAGGGGAUAGGAGAUGUUAAAAGAGACAUGAGAAAAUAUCCAAAAAGGAGACGCACGCCGUACCAUGCGCGCUAAAUUUGUGCCCGCUGGAAAUCGGGAUGUCGGAUCGACGGUGACGCGCAUCACCCCAUUUCACAGAGGAAACGAUUUCGCUAGAACUUUGGAACGGAGGGUCCGCGGGGAAACAUGGCCGAAGGGCCGCGCAGAGGUGGCGGGUCCGACCCCGCCAGGACUCCGCCGCAGAUUCUGGCUGGUUCGGGUUUCUGCAAGUGGUUUAAUGUCCGCAUGGGGUUUGGAUUUAUAUCGAUGACCAGCAGCGAGGGGAAGCCAGUGGACCCUCCACUAGACGUGUUCGUUCACCAAAGUAAGCUGGUGAUGGAGGGCUUCAGGAGCUUACGGGAGGGCGAGCAGGUUGAAUUCACCUUCAAGAGGUCGAGUAAAGGUCUGGAGUCGCUCAGGGUCACGGGGCCCGGCGGGGGCCCAUGUUCGGGCAGUGACCGACGCCCCAAAGGGAAGGCCCUGCCCCUCAAACGCAAACCAAAGGGAGACCGGUGUUAUAACUGUGGAGGUCUGGACCACCACGCUAAAGAAUGUGGCCUCCCACCCCAGCCAAAGAAGUGUCACUACUGUCAGAGUGUCACACACAUGGUGGCCCAGUGUCCCCACAAGGGGGCGCUGUCCCCCUCCACGUCUCAGGAGCCCCAACGCCCCUCCACCUCUGCUCAGUCCCAGGAAGAGGGAAGCCGGUCGGGCUCGUCGUCCUCUCCGGAGGAAGCAUCUCAACGGGGAAGUCACUCCCAGCGCUGGAGGAAAAGCCGGGACUGAAAUCCAUCAUCCAGACGAAGCUCGGACCCGAAAUCAUCUACCUCACAGAGGAGACCCUCCCUCCCUUCCUGUGCAGCUAUGGUAUCAGCCGAUGGGGGUCAUGCGUGUACAUGCGUGUUCUCACUCAAUCACAACAAACUCUGCGACUGGCGUGUGUGUGUGUGUGUGUGUGCAUAAAUGAGCAAGUGUGUUUGAAGUACUAAAAUCACAACGCAAAAUAGAUUACAUUUAGAAGAAAAACACAAAACAGUGUUUUAAAAACUCAAGCAUGAAGUUGCAGUUUGCAAGCCAUUUUACCUCCAUAAUAGUGAAAUGGACUAUUACUUGAGUAAAAAUGUUUGCCGUGUGCUGCAUAAGUGACGCCAGUGAACUCGCUUCGGAGGAAAAGCAAGUUAUCAUGUUAACUUUGUGAUGAGGAAUAAUUCACCCAAAAAUGAAACCUUGCUGAUUUACUCCCCCUCAGGCCACACCAAGAUUUAGAUGAGUUUGUUCCUUCAUGGGAACAGAUUUGGAAAAAUGUAGCAUUACAUCAGUUGCUCAGCAAUGGAUGCUCUGCAGUGAAUUGGUGCCGUCAGAAUGAGAGUCCAAACAGCUGAUAAAAACGUCACAAUAAUCCACACCAGUACAUUUCUCCGAAUCUGUUCAGAUGAAGAACCAAACUCUUGGAUAGCCUGUGGGUGAGUAAAAUUUAAGCUUUUUUUGGGGGGGGGUGAACUAUUACUUUAAGAUCAGGAACAUGCAUUAGGAAGUAAAUAUGAUCAAUUUUGAUUUCGUGUUGACUUUAAACCAGAUUCAGACAUAAUGACAAAGAAAAUUGCUCGCAAUCAAGGCCCACAGGGCAUGGAACAGAUUUAUGAUGGCUGAGGGUGCUUAUAGUCACGCUCACUACAUCCUAUCAAUAACGUUAUUAUGGGAUACAGAGGACAUUUGAAUCAGUUUUUGUGCGUGUGUGGGUGUUUUUAUGAUCCGGUGCUGUUAGCCAGAGUUUGAGAUUAGACUGUAACAAUUGAAUACUAAGAGGUACAUUAACUUCAGCCAGUGAGGACUAACUGAUUUAAAUGUAUUGCCAUUGUUUAGAUACAUUGUAAAGCUGUUUUUGCUUUAUCACAGACUGUUCCACAGCUCACAGUGAUAAUUUAAGGCAUUAAGAUAUGGUGAAAUAUUAUAAAUGUUAGUGUAAUUUAUAUAGAGCACAUAGGUAGAUGAAGUUGAUUCUGUUUUGAUUUGAUCACUCUCCUCGCUCUUGCAUCUCAUCCAGCUUCAUUGAAAGCGAUCAGCUUGUGGAGGACAUGGUGCUGCAUUCAACGCUGUCAGAAUUACCGUAAUGAUAAAGCUUGUUUUCACUACAGAAUAAAAAAGGUAAUUGCGACUUUUGAUCUCAUCAAUUCUGGCUUUUUUUUCUCAGAAAUGAGGAAAAAGUCAGAAUUGUGAGAGAAACAGCUGCAUAUACUUCCAUUUUGUUAUUCCGUGGCAGAAAUGAGCUUUCAUAAUGAUGAGAUUCUGUCUACAGAAAAGUUGUUCAAGUGUAUCAUACUCUGAAUUACAAAUAGGAAACUUUAAGGUUCAUAAGAGCCUUAUUUUCUCUUACUUCCCCUUGUGACGUCAUGUAAUAAGACCAAAAAUGACAGUGGCCUUAAAGGGAUACUCCGCCCCAAAAUGAAAAUUUUGUCAUUAAUCACUUACCCCCAUGUCGUUCCAAACCCAUAAAAGUUUUUAUUCGUCUUCGGAACACAAUUUAAGAUAUUUUGGAUGAAAACCGGGAGGCUUGUGACUGUUCCAUAGACUGGCAAGUAAAAUACACUGUCAAGGUCCAGCAAAGUAUGAAAAGCAUCGUCAGAAUAGUACCUCUUCCAUCAAUGGUUCAACCGCAACGUUAUGAAGCGACGAGAACACUUUUUGUACACAAAGAAAACAAAAAUAAUGACUUUAUUCAACAAUUCCUCUCCUUUGUGUCUCCCCACAUCACCAUAGCGCCAUUUUGGAGAAUAUCCACUGAACUGCGUAAGCUAUUC